AUGGCCAAGAGAGUCCUCAUCAUUGACCAUGGCUCUGGCGUGGUGAAGGCGGGGCUGUCGGGCCUGAACGACCCCACCAGCGUCACCCCCAACAUCGUGCACUACACCCCGUGCCGCGAGAAUCCGGGCCCCAGCUCCGAGCGCAGGCGCGUGGGCCUGGGCAUCAGCAGCCGGUACCCCAGGUCCUGGAGCUACCCGGUGCAGCGGGGCCGCAUCUGCAACUGGGAAGGCGUGGAGCACAUCUGGUCCUACCUCCUGAACUCCCUGGUGGACGACUUCCCCGUGCUGGUCACUGAGUCCCCGGUGAAGGAGUCCAAAGACUCGCAGAAGACGGCUGAGAUCAUGUUCGAGUCACUACAGGUGCCCCGUCUGCUGCUGGCCGACCAGCUGCAGAUGUCCUUGUACUCAUCGGGCCUGUUGACCGGCGUGGUGGCCGACUGUGGCUUUGGCCUCACUCGGGUACAGUCCUUCCAGUUAGGCUACCCCCUGGCCACCAGCUGCCUCACGGUGGAGCUGGGUGGGGAGGACCUCUGUGACUAUCUCUUCAAGAGUCUCUUCAAAGACAAAUGCGAUCGCCAAAACGUGUUCCAGCUGGAAACAGUCCUAACCACGCAGAACAGCAAGUGCUACGUGCCCCAUCAUCUGCAAGAGGCCUUGCACUUCCACCAGGACCUGCCUGCCUGCUCUGACAAGGAUUUCUACAAGCUCCCGGAUGGCCAGGAUGUGCAGCUGACCCCUGAGCAGAUCCUGUCCCCUGAGAUGUUCUUCAAUCCGCACAAGUUUGGCCUGCCAGGGCCCGGCCUCCCUCAGGCCAUCAAGGAUGUAGUCAAUGCCUGUGAUUCCUCCAGCCGCGAGAUGCUCCUGUCCUCCGUGAUCCUCGGUGGUGGGAACACCCUGUACCCCUGCUUCGUCAGGCGCCUGCUCAAUGACCUGGGCUCGCUCUACCCCAAGUUCCGUGGGAUCAGUGUCACGGGGAAUCCAAACAGGUAUUUCAGCGUCUGGCUGGGUGCGUCCAUUGUGGCCCAUUUUUCCAGCUUUACGUCCCAGUGGAUAACCAAAGAGGAGUAUCUGGAGGGGAAAAAGCCUCGAUCCAGCACCUGUGCCUCCCCCAUGCCCCUCCCCAAAUAA